AUGGACCACUCUCACCAGCACUUGCACAAUAGGAUGGCAAACCUGGCCAAGCGCCAGGAUCUCAGUACUGAUGGAGGUACUGUCUAUUCGGUUGUCUACGUGACCGCGGAGCCCACCUUUACUGGUGUUAUUGGAGGUUUCACAACACUCACCGACGAGUCUGCUGCUUCUACCACCGACACUCAGGCCUCUGUGCCCGUCGAAUUUUCUACUGCCCCGACCGAAACCGUUGUCGGUGGACAGGCUUCCACUUCUGCUACACCUACCGCCAACACGACCGCUCUCACCAGUCCCACAACCUUUGCCAAUGCAAAUACAGGUCUUGAUACGUCGGCCGAUGGUGCGGCUGCAACAGCUGGUUCUGCUUCCACUUCUUCAGGAUCCUCUAGUGAAGGCAUGUCCACCGGAGCCAAGGCUGGUAUUGCAAUUGGUGUGAUCGGCGCAGUUGGACUUUUCGCCAUUUUCCUACUAUGGCUUCUGGGUAAGAAGAAGAAGGAGCGUCAAGCACAGGCAAACAAGAACAAUGAGAAAUCAGGUUAUGGCGCGGGUGCCGCCGCUAGCACUCCUCCCACAGAGAUGCUUCAUAGAAGCCCAACCAGUGCCACAGCGCCUCGCUUGAGUCUGCGACCAGUCUCGCGCAUGCUCCCUGAAUUCAUGGCUCCUUCUAAAGGACGUUUGAGCAGUGGAAACAUGCUCAAUACCAUCGGUGAAGGACAGUCUCACAACAGGAACCUCUCCCCUUCGCCUCAACCCCGUGGUCCCAGUCCCUCUCAACAACCGGCCCAGGAGAAUCCAUUCGCUGAUCCCAAGAACCCAUUCGCGGAUCCUGAAAAGGCGGUCCACGUUCCAGCACCUCUGUCAGUUCACUCUGCUGUCACUAAACCUGCACCACUUCUUCCUAUGGCCGCCACCAUAGUUCCUGCUGCGGCUGCCAUAACGGCCCCACAAGUGGCCCGAGUUGAGUCUCCUACGCCUGCUGGCCCUUCAGCUCCAGCUCCAGCUCCAGCUCCAGCGCCAAUCGUGGCUCCGAUAGCUGUACAGGCCGCGGAGCCUAUCUCCAGACAAGCUCCUGCUCCAGCCCCUGCUCCAGCUCUUGCUCCAGCUCUUGCUCCAGCUCUUGCUCCAGCUCCUGCUUCAUUGCCAUCUACACCCGUCACUCCCGCUCCAGCUAUUGCUCAAGGUCCAGGCCCUGAAUCCACCCAAGGCAAUGUGUAUCGUGUCAUGAUGGACUUCAAGCCUUCAAUGGAAGACGAGCUUGAAUUGGGUGCUGGUCAACUUGUUCGCAUGCUCCACGAGUAUGAUGACGGAUGGGCUCUUUGCAUCAAACUCGACCGAUCUCAACAAGGUGUUGUUCCACGAACGUGUUUAGCUGCCAAACCAUCAAAGCCCAAGCCGGCUCAUUUGAAUCAGUACGCUCGUGGUAAUGGUGCUAACAGCCCGGGACCAAUUCGACCGCCGCCAGGACCCGGAGGUCCCAGUAUGUCACGUCCCAUGUCUCCAGCCGGGAGUAUGAAUGGUCCUCCUCGCUCCAACAUGCCACAAUCGCGCCCUAUGAGCCCUGCCGGUCGUCCUGGUCAACGUCCCAUGUCGCCUGCCGGAAGCAUGAACGGUCCUCCUCGUUCGGGUAUGCCUCCCUCUCGCCCAAUGAGCCCUGCUGGAAGACCAGGCCAACGCCCGAUGAGUCCUGCUGGAAGACCAGGUCAACGGUCAAUGAGCCCCGCUGGCAUGAAUUCACCGCGAGCUAUGAGCCCGGGCCCCUUCAAUCAAACUCCCAGGCCUCUCUCACCAGGUCCUCGACCUCAAUCAAACCGAAGCAUGUCGCCCGGUCCAUAUGGAGGUCGUGGAGGUCCACCAUCAAUGGGUGGGGACAAGACCCGACGACGAAGCAAUUCCGCUAGUGCCGCCAAUGUUCGGGAUCGUCGAAAUACACCCCCAGGACCUUCGAAUCUCAGACAAGGUACAAGUUCUCAAGGAGCAGGCAUUGCUUUGUAA